AUGCAAACAUCUGGGCAUGAGUCUUCGGCUGACAAUUCGGGUGAUGAUGCCGAGAUCACAACUGAUAUUUUCGUUAUUGAAGAGCUGAAGCAUAGCGAAGCUACUUACCACGAGUCGAAUGAUAGCACUGGCAACAACCAGCCAAAAUCGACCGUCAGGAAGAUUCAGCCAGGCCUUCAAUUAACUUCCACGAAACGGCCUCACGAACACGAUCCUGACGAAGACGAGAAAAGAGUCCGCGUCAAAACCAACAACACGCCACAAAGCCCAUCAACAUCGGAUCGCCUACUCACACCACCUUUAGCACACUUCGGCGGACAGACUCCGGAUAUCUCGCGGAUCAUGGCGGAUGUUGCAGCGGUCACUGGUGAGAUUGUUGCAUACAUGGAAGAUACAUCUUCGGCAAUCAGUGACCUUGAACGUAAGGCCGUACUGAGUCAAUUACGAGACGUGCUUGGUAUGCUUGUUCCUUGCGUGACCGAGGUCCGCGACAUAGGGGUCCUGGGUAUUGAGAUUGUCGGGCUUGCAGCUCUAGUGGAUCCCUCGCUCGAGUAUGAAGGUAUAUUUACCAUCAUCACGUCGCCCUAUGCCAGCAGCAUUCCGAAGCGGUUGGAACUCGAUUACACCCAUCACUUCGCAAUCGGAGAUAUGUUCUGGGAUCGCUCGACAGAGUUCGCAGCCGACCAAAACCUGAAGCCGGGUAUAAAGGCCGCCCCAAGCCCACAAGGAUUAGUUUGUGCUGCCUGGCGUCUGCACAUUGUCACAAAAGUGACUCCACGAUGUAUUUGGACGACGGUCUGCCGACUUAGUGGCGGGAAGGGGCUGUCACGUCUAGACAAAGACGACAUCUGGAUGUACCUACAUCUUCACAGUGGUAAACACGGAAGACUGCCACGAAGCAUGCGAGCUAAGCAUAACGAUUCACUUCACGCGUCGCUGACAUAUAUUCCCGACCCAGAUUACGAUGACAAGGCUAUCGGUGCACACACACACUUCUCUGCAAUAGAUGUAGUGCCACACUACCCUAGCGAGGAGAUGUUACCCGCGGGAAAACUUGAUAAGGACAGUCGCGACCUCUUCCUUGGACUGAAAGCCAAUGCAAACAGCCCAGAUGGAAAACUCGUCGCACACCCAAAAGGGAUGGAUGAGGCUGCGGUGAAGCGCGGCCUUGAGCUGGUAGACCCCUACCCUCGGAGUGCUAUGCCUCUUCCAAAGGCUGAGCGAACAGGUGACAGGUUGUUCCAUCAACUGCGCAUCCAUCCUUCUAAAGGGACAACCGCAAGAGAUCCUGUGAGAGAUCCCGCAAAUCUUCUCCAAAAGUCACGCGCGUUCAGUUCAGCAUACUCAACAACAACUUUGAAUGAGGAUCAAACCCGGUCUUCGGUUGAUCACCCUCGAAACCAAUCUGUCAACAAGGUCAGUCCAUUUAGCGUCAUGCCUCGCACUCUUUUCAGCCCGGUAUCGCAUCCGCAACAGCAUGCACCAGCGCCUGCUGCGGAUGCGGUGAGGGUAGGUCGAAGAUUUGGGGGCGAGAAGGCCGGUACCCCAGCCACCGGCCAACGGGAAGCUCCUUCUCAUGCUAACACCACGCCCAAGAUCGCUUCGAUUGCCAACCAACCUGCCAUGGCACAAACUUUACAUCAGCACGACGGAGUAAUGACCAAUGCCAUCCUCAAUGUGACAGAACAGAACCAGUCCCUCAAUCUCAAUCACCCGGUAUCGAGCCCGUCAUCCAGUCCAGAGAGGAAACGUACCGAUGGGGAUGAUUAG